UUGCUUUGCACACCGUUGUUUGCUGUCGCAGGGUUAACAACGCAGUGUCGGCGGUUUUUUAAAAAGCAUCUCAUGUUUUCCGUGUGAAGUGAGCACAUCGGCGGGGUUCCAUUGUGUGGUCCGCUUGCAGUGAUUAGUGUCGCCUAGUGUGAACAUCAAGUGCAUUGUCAUAGCUCUAGUUUCGGGGAAAUUGUAUCGUGCCCUAGUGACCAACUGUUAACCAUUCUUUUAAAUAGCCGGCAUACAGCUGAUUCGACCUAACCGCAAAUCUGUUAGGACCGGCUACGCCGAGAUGGGCUUCGAGAAGGCGACCGACAGCUGGGAGGAAGGUGCAGCAGCGUUGAAGGAAUGGCUCACGACACAACCUCAUCUACCGCAAAAUAUUCAUCCGUUAUUGCUCCAGCGGUACGUCCACUCAACCAAAGGGGAUCUGGAGUACGCAAAGAAAAUUUUCAUUCAUGGUUUCACGAUACGGCAGAAGAAUCCACACAUUUUUGGCAACCGUGACCCAAUGGAGCCAAACGUACAACAGGUUCUUCAAGCUAUUGAUAUGGUGCCUUUGCCAGCAGUUGAAGGAUGUGAGGACAAAUUUGUGUUUUAUCGCUUGGUAGACUGUGAUCCAGAUAAGUUCAAUUUCAAUGAUGUCAUCAGAACAUUUUUCAUAAUAGCUGACAGCCGAUUAGUGCAACCAGAUAUCCCGAUGAACAAUGGAGGUGAUAUACCAAUCUUUGAUAUGACCGGAUUUACACUCAGGCAUCUUACAAAAGUUAUUCUCUCCACUCUACGAGUGUACAUGAAAUUCACACAGGAAGCGCAUCCAGUCCGGCUAAAGGCGAUACAUGUGAUCAACUGCACUACCUUCUUGGACCGUGUAAUGUACCUGGUAAAGCCGUUCAUGAAGAAACAAGUUGCGAACAUGCUACACUUCCACCUGCCCAACUCGGAAACGCUUUAUGAUCAUAUUCCAAAGGACGCCCUCCCAGAUGAAUACGGAGGAAAGCAAACAAUUGUUAAACACAAAGCCGAAUGGUUCAAGCGACUUGAAUCGCUGAGAGAUUAUUUCACCGACAAUUCGCGAUGGGACAUUGACGAAUCGCGAAAAAUGAAUAAUAAUAACAAUAACAAUAUUAACGAGAUGUGUGGUUCCUUGAAGAAAUUGGAAAUUGAUUGAUUAGUUAAAUCGAUAUUUGUGCAGGCAGGAGAAUUUUCUAUUAAGGAUACUAAUUUACAUUCUUGUAUACUUAUUCAAAAACGGUGAUAUAAAAAAUCAAUUUAA